GACGAAGCCAGAAUUCAUUAUUCAGCAUCAAUGAGAGCUCAGGAAUGCAGCAGCAGAGUGCCUUGCCAAGGGAGACUUUCUGGAAAGGCUGCUCCAAUUGUGAGCUCUGGACUGUGGUGUUCGUGGAAGUCCUGAUCGAGAGACCCGCAACCAGAUUCGAUUGCAAGUUCAUUGCGAAGGGGCGCUGUCUCUUGUAGGAUAUUUGUCAAAGCUCAGAGGGUAUUAUCAGACCUGAUUCGUACGAUGUCAGCUGACAGCCUCCUAGUUUGUAUUUGAGUAAGAGAGCUCAAACUUUGGGUUUCGAUUGAAACACAGCCCUGAAAAUCAGCAUCAAGGCCCGGCCUUUCACCAUAGAUCCAACCAUCUUUGCCCCUCCGAACUGCAAAUUGCAAAAUGCAAGCUCCAUGGAUAGGGCAGGAGUCAUACCCUGUGUGGCAGGACUUAAAGUAUGCCCUGUUCUUCGCCUGCGCGUACCCUGUGCUGCAGAAGCUUCUCUACGUGACAAUCUUUGACAUGGCCGCCAGGGCAACCGUCGACGAUGGGAAGAAGCCUGUCAACAAAGUAGCUGCAGAGCGGAAGGAGGUCGCUGUGAGGAAGUACAAGGAGAGCGCCUGGAAAUUGCUGUUCUAUGCGCUCGCGUGGUCGUAUGGAGUGUAUAUCACCUAUGACAAGGAGUGGUGGAUCACAAAGGGCACGCUAAACUUCUGGAAGGGGUGGCCGGAACAGAAGAUGAGGAUGGAUCUAAAGUUGUUCUAUGCCUCGGAACUCGGGUUCUACUCUUACGGGAUUGUCUUCUUACUCCUUUGGGAGACCAAGCGGAAAGACUUCGGAGUGAUGACCAUUCACCAUAUUGGCACGCUCGUCCUUAUUAGCUACUCGUACUUCACUGGGUUUGUCCGAGUUGGGAACAUGGUAUUGCUCGCGCAUGACAUCAGCGACAUCCUACUCGAGGGCGCCAAGCUGUUCAAGUACAGCAAGAACGAGAUUGGGGCAAGCGUCACGUUCGCCCUGUUUGCCAUCAGCUGGCUCGUGUUCCGCCUCAUCUACUAUCCCACGUAUCUCAUCCGGAGCACCGCAUUCGAGGCGCAGAAGGCGUUUCUGGAGAACCGGACCGUGGCGGAGACGGUGGUGUACUAUUAUUGCUUCAACACGUUCCUGAUCAUGCUCCUCGUGUUGCACGUCUACUGGUUCUACCUGAUUGGCCGCAUGAUCGUUAAGCAGGUCCAGAACUCGGGGGCAGUGGGGGAUGACGUCCGCUCGGAUUCGGACGACGACUAGGCAGGAAUGGUUUUGUUUUAUGACUUUGGUUUCGUAGGAGGUUGUCAAGUGCUUGCACCAGGUAUGCGCCGAAGGUAAAGAAGUUAUGUACAUCUCUGGCAAGGACCUCCGCUGCCGAAAUGGCUUUUAUUGGGGGGUUGACGUCUUGUUGUUGGAGGCCCUGGACUUAUACUGAAGUCCCACCGUUAUCUAGGAUACGCUAGCCAUUGUUGAGCACGUUGAAAGUCCUAAACAUAAACAACGAGUAUGCAGCUUUGCAGUGUCAUUGGCCUUCCCUUCGUAUCUUCUCGAGCUCGCUGCUAUGCACGCAGAUCCGUUUCACUGGCAAUGCUGUGACGAUGAAUAUAAACCCUUUUGGUAGUGAGGCAGCC